CCUCCAGCCAAGCCAGCCGAGACGAUCGGGAGUGGAUACGUCUCUAGUCGUCAUUGUCAGCACCAGUGCACAACUUCCCAGCUCGCUAGGACUUGGCGCGUCUGGCCUUCAGGCCAUACGAGUCCAACGACGACAACGCGUCAGUACAAUCACGUCACCUCCUACGACUUGGAACGCCGAGCGGCUGAGCGGCGCGAGCGGCAUCAUGUCCGACUGACCACGUGCCGCGAAAUUUCAAUGACGUUUGGGGUCGUCCGGGCCGGGCGGGCCGUGGGUGAUGCCCCCAACAGCCAACAGCCAGCUAUCCCGCUGACCGCUAGAUCCCGGGGACCGAUACAGCUGCACGUCACCAGAUACCGCCUACCUUAUAAGAUCUCGUUCUUCCAUCUCCUUCUCCGGCUCUUCCCCAUCUCCCCACUCUCUUCCAGUCUCUCCACUCACUUCCUCCAAACUUAAUCCUCAUCAUGGCUGCUCCGACUAGCAACAAGGCGCGCGGGUACGCGAUUACAGACCCCAAGAACUACCUCGACUUCCAGGUGAAGGAGUACGAGCUCGAGCCGCUUGCCGACGACCGCGUGACGGUCGCCGUCGAAUGCUGUGGCGUGUGCGGAAGUGACCACCACACCAUCUCAGGCGGCUGGGGCCCAUGGGAGACCAAGUUUGUCGUCACGGGUCACGAGGUUGUUGGCAAGGUUGUGGAGGUCGGCAAGGGUGUCAAGAGCGUCAAAGUAGGCGACCGUGUCGGCGUUGGUGCACAGGUCGGAUCAUGCGGUGACUGCAAGUGGUGCAAAAACGACAACGAAAACUACUGCCCGACCCCGGUCCACGGCUACAACACGACCUGGCCUGGUGGCGCCGAGCACCAGGGCGGCUACAGCACGCACAUCCGCGCGCAGGAGCUCUUCGUCUUCCCCAUCCCCGACUCGCUCGCGUCUGUUGAAGCGGCUUCGAUGCUGUGUGGCGGCCUGACAGUGUUCUCGCCUCUCGUGCGUAACGGCGUGAAGAAGGGCUCCAAGGUCGGUGUCGUCGGCCUCGGUGGACUGGGACACUACGCUGUUCUGUUCGGUGUGGCCCUCGGUGCCGAGGUGACUGUCUUCUCGCACUCAGAGGCAAAGAAGGCAGACGCGCUUAAGAUGGGCGCGAAGGCGUUUGUCCCUACCACUCCUGGCUUCGAGAAGGACCACUUCCGCGAGUUUGACCUCAUCGUCUGCUGUGCCAGCAGCAGCAAGCUUCCCAUCGACGAGUUCCUCACUUGCCUCGAUGUCGGCUGCAAGCUUGUGUUCGUCGGCAUGCCUGAGGAGGGCCUCAAAAACAUCACGUCCCAGAGCAUGGCGGGCAGCGGCGUGAGCCUCGGCUCAGGCCACAUCGGGUGUCGCACCGAGGCGUUGCGCAUGCUAAAAAUUGCCGCGGAGCAAAAGGUUAAGCCUUGGAUCCAGGUUAUGCCGAUGAAGUAUGCUGCCAAGGCUAUCAAGCAAAUCGAGGAUGGGUCUGUGCGCUACCGCUCCAUCCUCACGCAGGACCUGGUUUGAUAAUGUAGUAUAGCAUAUGAACUUGUGUAGCGAAC